AGGACAUCACUCCGUCUUAAGGUAUCACUUUAAAAGGCAAAAGCCACUUGAAGGAACCCAGUGAAAAGAGCAAUGGAUAAAAGAGAGAAAGAGUACUGUUUAGAUAUCUGAAACCUUUGCUUCUCAUUUGCCUCAGUCUGGGCUUUGCAGAAGAACGUCACCCACUCCCACUCAUUCCUAACGAGAGUAUAUAUUAAGCUCUUUGAAAUGUGAGUAUUAUGGGAAGGAUCGCAGUUGCUUUAAAUUAUAGAAGUUGGCAAGUGCUUGGGAGGCGCGGGAGGUUGUUUAAACUGAGAAAGACAGUUGCAAAACUUCGGACGACAGCAUGAGCUCCAAGCUUCAAAAGGAUUCUCACGCGCGGAGGAGCAGUUUAUUUUUCAUCAAGUUAUCUUCCGUGUCUUUUUGAAGCAGCUUCGAAGCAUAAACACCUAUUUCUGCUUUAAACUUUGUUAAUGGUUUCUAAAUUCAUGGGACAACCAAAGCCAGAAAGCCUCACACUUUGGAGGAACAUUUGAUGUCAGCAAUGCCUAGAAAAGUCUGGAAAACUAAAGCCUAAACAGACGAAAAAGCCUUGCCCGAAAUCGUCCAGCUGAGCCAAAGAUGUUUGUCUUGCUCUAUGUUACAAGUUUUGCCAUUUGUGCAAGUGGACAACCUCGGGGUAAUCAGUUCAAAGGCGAUACCUACUCCCCAAGAUAUAUCUGUAGCAUUCCUGGCUUACCUGGACCUCCAGGCCCCCCUGGAGCAAAUGGUUCCCCUGGGCCCCAUGGUCGGAUCGGCCUUCCGGGACGAGAUGGUAGAGACGGCAGGAAAGGAGAAAAAGGUGAAAAGGGGGCUGCAGGUUUGAGAGGUAAGACUGGACCACUGGGCCUUGCUGGAGAGAAAGGGGACCAAGGAGAGACUGGUAAAAAAGGACCCAUGGGACCUGAGGGAGAGAAAGGAGAAGUAGGUCCUGUUGGGCCUCCUGGACCAAAGGGAGACAGAGGAGAGAAAGGGGAGCCGGGACUGCCUGGUGUUUGUAGAUGUGGAAGCAUCGUUCUCAAAUCUGCUUUUUCUGUUGGCAUCACAACCAGCUACCCAGAAGAAAGGCUACCAAUCAUAUUUAACAAGGUCCUCUUCAAUGAGGGAGAGCAUUACAACCCUGCAACAGGGAAGUUCAUCUGUGCUUUCCCAGGAAUCUAUUACUUUUCUUAUGAUAUCACAUUGGCGAAUAAGCAUCUGGCAAUUGGGCUGGUACACAAUGGGCAGUACCGGAUAAAGACCUUUGAUGCCAACACAGGAAACCAUGAUGUGGCUUCAGGGUCCACAGUCAUUUAUCUUCAGCCAGAAGAUGAAGUCUGGCUGGAGAUCUUCUUCACUGACCAGAAUGGCCUCUUCUCAGACCCAGGUUGGGCAGACAGCUUGUUCUCUGGAUUCCUCCUGUACGUUGACACAGAUUAUCUAGAUUCCAUAUCAGAAGACGACGAGCUCUGAUCAGCACCGUUGGCCUGAAUGUCCCAGGAUCCUUGUGGCAGACACUUUGAUUUAAUCUGGGGCCCCGCCAGGUGGAACAAGAAGAAAUGAGCUCCAAAAAGACUCCCACUCAAAUUCCAGAGCAUUUACAGACAGUUAUAGCAGAAUCUAUUAAAGCAAGUUGGAACCACCAAACUGCUGAAAUCACGCCGAAAUGAAUUUAUAAAACAAUAACCUCAGAUAUGUUUUCUCAAAAGUGGUGGUUCAUAAAUAUUUAAACAAAUUAAAGACAAUGUUACAAAUUUUCUAUUAAAUUCCUUGAGUGCUGAAACAAAGCUGGCAAUGAUAUUGUCUCAUUAAAUUUUUAUAAAGUUA